ACUCAAAAACAAGCUAGGGAGGGAGCGUGUGUUCAUUGUUCAGCUGAGGAAUUGGAAGUGAAACUCACAUGUAAACUGUCCACGAAAAAAAUACCAUUGCAAAGAAUUGCACUGGAUGGCUGGUUGCUGUACAGCUCUAAAUUCUCUGUGGCGAGAUUUUCGGCUGUCCACAGCAGUAAACGUCGAUUUAUGUGUUUUAUCACCAGUGUGCAGAGAUGGACAUGGACCGUCAAAAGCGCCAGGAGGGCAUUCAGAACGCCCUGGGAUUCAUACAGUCUUCUUUGCCUUAUCCAAAGCCUGAAGGCUAUAAGGGGUUUCUGACCCAGUUGGUGUGUGACCUGCUGGAUGAGGGGAAUGCAAUGUUCAGGGAGGGUGAGUGGCAGCAGGCCAUAAAGGACUUCAGUGAGGGUGUUAACGUGGCCCACUAUGCCCAGGCUGAGUCUCUAGAAAUUCCCUCAGCCCUGCUGGAGAGUCUGUAUUUCAACAGGGCAGCAGCCUACCACAGCAUGGGGGAGUAUGAGCAGGGUGUGCAGGACUGUGACAGUGCGCUGGCUCUGUGCAAAGACAGUUGCAGGGCACUCUACAGGAAGGCUCUAUGCCUGCGGGAGCUGGGCCGUUUCAGAGAGGCCUACAACUGCAGCACGGGCUGCCUGCUCACUACGCCUAACGACAAACAUGUGUAUGAGUUGGCACAGGAGCUAGCUAACAAACUGGGCCUGAAGAUACGCAAAGCCUACAUUAGCACACAGGAGUCGGCCAAAUCUGAGAAAAGUAAUGGGAACUCAGCUCAUUUUGCAGGAGAGAUGUAUGGCAGUGGUCUGGAUUCCUUAAGUGACAUCUCAUCAGUUGGUAUCUCCUGCAAGCCUCUAUCCACCGCUAUCCCAGUUAGUGAUGAAUCCUCUCCCUCUGGUCCUCUGGUCUACUCCAAACUUCUGGGUAGCCCUGUCCAAGGCCCCCGGCGGUUGCCCAUCUCUGUGCCUGAGUCGGAGAACCUGGGUGACAGUGAGCUGAUGGGAGACGAUCUAGACAGCCUGCUGGACUGUAUUCCCCCCCAACGUGCCUUUCCCAUCAUCCUCCCCAGCUCAGCUUGUGUCCCCAUCCAGCUCCCAUUUCCCUCACGCCUGCCCGCCCCCUCGCCCCGGCUCCCCCCAGCCUUCUUCAACUCAGCCAUCAGCCAGCUCAACUCUCUGGACACAUUCCCAGGCAUGGGUGGGGGGGAUGCCCUGGGUGCUCUGAAAUCUUUAGAUGGCCUUGAUGCACUAGACUCUCUAGAUACUUUAAACAACCUGGACACCCUUUCAGGCCUUGGUGGUGGGGAUGCCCCGGCUCCCACAACAGCACUCUAUUCACUUGAUGCCUUAGAUGCCCUUGACAGUUUCUACCCACUUGGGGGUGCAAUAGCAGCCAAACCAGUGGUGGUGGGGGGAGGGGGGCUGGACUCCCUCUCUGAGUUCAACCUGCCUGGUGCAAGAAUCUCCCACAAUGUUCUCUCUGCAACACGUUCGCCCAAGAAGUCCAACCACACAGUGGUAAAGAAUGGCCAGGUCUCCUCCAAGCUUUCUCAGCUGACCAAGAACCCCCUAGCAGCCACCCAUGACUUCAUGCAGGCCUGUGCCACGUGCUACAGCUGGAUAGGUCCAGGGGUCCUGGACUACCAGCACCAGGCAGAAUUGGCCCACCGUUGUAAGCGGGACAUUCUUCUGUGCAGGAUCAGGGCUGCAGAGCACCCUGUCUGGAACAGGGUGCGACCCCGCCCCACGCACAAUUUUACUGGGCCGUUUGUGCUCUGCAAAGAGGUGCUGGAGACUCAGAAGUGUAAGUACAGGGAGGGCUGUACGUUUGCCUACUGCCAGGAGGAGGUAGAUGUGUGGACCCUGGAGAGGAAGGGAGCCCUGAAGAGAGAGCUGUUGUUUGACCCGCAGAGCCCCAACAAUGACAGGCUCAGCAUCACAUGCCUGCUGCAGCUCCACAACGGCAUGUUCAUGUACCUCUGUGAGGAGUGCUAUGACAGUAAGCCCAGGAUCAUCAGUAAGCACAGUAAGGAGGUGCCGUCCACCUGCUCCAACCCCUGCGCCCGACACCCAUUCGACAAAAACAAGUGCCUGGUGCAUGCGGUGAGGUCCAGCAGCGUGCACUACACUAAGAUCCGCCCGCUGUACACCCAGUGCCAGUUGGACGUGUGCCGCCAUGCCCAGCGCUACGGCUGCCAGCGAGAGGACAGCUGCUCUUUUGCCCACUCUGUCAUAGAGCUCAAGUGCUGGAGGCUGCAGCAAGACUCUGGCAUCACUCAUGAAGAAAUUGUUCAGGAAUCAAAGCGACACUGGCAUAAACAGGAGCAGAUCAUGCACAAACCCAAGCCGGUGUACAUGCCACCAUCAUCUUCAUCCUCAAGUGGUGGAGGUGGGGGAGGAGGCUAUUGCUUGAACCUGAAGAGGAAGUUUGUUUGUGGUCAGUGCUGGAGGGACGGGCUGGUCAGCGAGCCGGACAAAGCGCUUAAGUACUGUGCAGCCAAGGCCAGGCACAGUUGGACGAAGGAGUGUCGGGUACUGUUGGUGAAGUUCUUCGAGGGAAAGAAGUGGGUGAUGGUGCGGACGUUGCCUUUUGCCAAGACCUACCCCCAGCAGUAUGACAUAUGUGCCCAUGUGGUGAAGCAGAAGAAGUGCCACUACAUUGGGAACUGUGCCUUUGCCCACAGUGAAGAGGAGAAGCAAGUAUGGACUUAUAUGAAGAACAAUGGCUUGAAGGAUAUGCAGCAGAUGUACGACAUGUGGCUUACAAUGACGAAUCAAAACCAUCUGCGGGAUGACACCCUGAACACCCAACCCGUAGAGGAGAAGCAAAUUGUCAUGCCAACCGACUAUGCCGAGCCAAUGAGCGGCUUCCACUGUCGUCUGUGUGGGAGGCAUAGUAACAGCGAGCGCCAGUGGCAGCAGCACAUCUCCUCAGAGAAACACAAGGACCGUGUAUUCAGCUGCGAGGGAGAGGACGAGAGCCUCACGUGGACAUACCGCUUCCCCGGACUCCGCCUCGCCCUUUGUCCCAGGCUGGAGAGUGGCUGUCCUGAGGGGGUGAGCUGUGACUAUGCCCACAGUGUUGAGGAGCUGGUGGAAUGGCAGGAGAGGCGAGAAUUCCUGCGGCGGAAGCUGGCCAAGGCCCGUAAAGACAUGCUCAUCAGGCCAGACGAGUUUGACUUUGGGAAGUACAACUUUCUCCUGCAGGACUGAAGCCUCUGUCUCUUAUGUGAAACACUUGCACCUGUAAAUAGACAGCAGUCGUCUGUUUUGUUGAAAACCCUGGGGGGUAUUUUCUUUAUUAGUUAACAGUUAAUACAGUUUAUACCUGUUAGAGCUGGUUAGGACUGCAAGUGCCUUAUUUGUCCAAUAUUUUCAAAAGGGCUUAACAAAUGAGAUCUUGGGUCCGAAUUGAGCGGGGGAAGAAGUAAUUUAGCACUGCCAUUUAACAAAACAGUACUGACCAAAUAUCUCCAUGAAUAGUCUGUUUAAUCUGUAUACGUCUUUUUGGGGGAUAUUAAGAAUUAAUUUAUGCUUCUGUUCUGUACAACCGUCAAACUUUCACAACUGUUCUUCCAUCAAAUGAAAACCGAUUUUGCUGGAAGGCAAACGUUAUUAACUUUCACAUUAUUCAUGUGUCUUAUGCCAAUUUAAAGAUGCAAGGUUUAACUUUUUGGGUGACCUGAGAAAAUUCACAUAGAAAUGUUAGUUUCUUUUGUUUUUGUACACCAGCUUCAAACAGCUGAAAAUACUAUUUUUUGGUUAUUGGAAAGAUAUCUCACAACAAUUUAGAUGGUACAAUGAUUCUCUACAUUGCUUGUUUUGUCACCAACAUAGGCAAAGUAUUAGACGUUUAGCAACCAGGAAAUGGUGAGUGAUUUCUGCAUAUUGCAUCUUAAAAGCAUUUGCUGCUGCCAUUGUAGACAGACAAAACGUUACAGAAUAUGAUCACACUAAUACAGGGGUACUGCAGGGUGUUCAUGGAAAUAUACAAAUAUUAUUUUAUUUCAAUGUUUUUAUCAAUAUUGCUAGCAACAAGUUUCAAUUAAUUUUAAAGUAGACACAAUAUAAAAGAGGAUAAUAUCUUAUUUCUAAUGAUGUCAACUUUAUUUCUCAACUCCUAAUAUUGAGAAAAUUACACUCAUUGGAGCUAAUUGCACUCACCGGACAGUGUUUCUCCUAUAUUCAUUUAGCAGCGGAGAGCCACCGCUGCUAAAUUGUUGCCACUGCUCCAAAAAAUAUGAUUAAACAUUUUCGGGCUGGUUAAACAUUUUCAGUGUAAACAUAAACAACUAAACCAGAUAUAAAGUAUGUAGAAAAUAUGUAAUGGAGCUAUAUAUCUUAAAUAAGAUUCCAUUCUCAAAUGCAAAACAUUUUAUGGAAUUUGAUUUGAAUUCACUCCAAUAGCAUAAGAACAUGUAAGCCAUGGCAAAAUGUGUAGAAUUUCAGAAAAUUUGCUUUAAAACUGCAGAUUUUCUGUGUGGUCCAGCGGCACACAUAUAUGCCGGAGUUGUCGUGGGUUUGAAACCGGCCCACUGCCCUUUGAAUCACCCCAUCUUCCCUGUCUUUCACAUUGUACUCUCUUCAAUAAAGCAAACAUUACAAACGGAAUGGGACUGCCACACUCCUUCAAAAAAAAAAAGACUUUGACUUAAUUUUCUCUCACCCUAUGAUAAAAUGUGUGGAAUUGCAGGAAACUAGCUUUAAAACAGUAACAUUUUCUCUCCGCCUCAUGACAAACAAAAAUUAAAACAUUUGUCUUUGCGGCCAAGAGGAGGGUGUCUACAAUUAGCGGUCGGACUCUACCACGCCUACCGCUACUACUGGCUAAAUAGAUUGAGGAUGCUAACUAAGGCCUAACCUGUGGGUAUAUAAUUGACCCAUAAUUUAAUAUCCAAUACAAGAGAGAUGGGAAGUUCCUCAAAUGUGCCUGUAGUAGUAGUUCCUAUCUAGCGUAUAGACUCAAUAUUUUCUUCAGCACACCAUGAGUAUCUGCCCAGUAAAUUUAAAGAUGUGAAUAAAUGUAUCUCCACAUGUGUAGUCCUGCACAUUAAUACAUUAUAUCAAUGUUGGCAAACAAUAAGUAAUAACAUGGUAGUUAAACCUAGUAAAAUAUCAUAUUGAUUUCUAUACCUUAGUUAUUUUUUACCAAAUCAUACUUUGUAUUGUUGGGUUCAGAGUAUGCUUCUGGGUGUGUCAUUCCUGUUUUGCAAGGGCGGUGGCCUAAAAGCUAAGACUGUAAUUCUAAAUAAGGAGAGAGAAGAAUACAUAAUUCAGAGUUGUGCAGAUGAGAGCAUUUAGCCCUAGAUGCUGAAAGAGGCAGUGAAGCAUACCUAGUCUCAGAGCAUUUUGUCUUAUUCUGUAGGUAAAUCCGAGACACGCCAUUUAGUAUGAUAUGUUACGUUUCGUAUGGUAUGUGUUCAUUUGGGGAUUUCCAUCACCCGUACAAUAUGUUACGAAUUAGCAAAACGUAUGGUAUGUUACAAAUUCUAGCUAGCUGUCUGUUAGCUAGGCUCGGGGUUAGAGUUUAGGAGGUAGGCUAAGUAGCUAAAAAGUAGUUCAGAAGGUGCUGAAGUUGUCCAUGAUGCUAGACAUUCAUGUUAUACGCCAACCCAUCCACCUUACUUUAGUUUUUGUCUUAAGUAACCAUCUGUUUUAUGUAACCAUACCAAACGUAAUAUACUAAUUUGAGUGUCCCAGAUAUACAUUUACUAUGUUACGUCUAGUCUAUGAGACCAGGCUGGGUGAGGGGUAAGGGAGGGGUUAACAUGCACACUUUUUGGGGGGGGGUUCUCUUGAAAUAUUGAAGUUCUGUAUACAUCACUGAUAAUUAUGUUAGUGUUAGUUCAUAAGCUUUGCACAUGGGAAGUGUGUUUAAUACCAGCUUUAGCCAGUAUAGAGAGGUAAUGGAUACUCUCGGAAUGAACCAAAUGGAAGGUUUAAGUUUGUUACUAAAUAUUAUUAUUUCAAUGACAAUUAUUAUGGCUAUAACUAUUUUGAUUUACAACAUUCUAAAAUAAUCUAUAGAGUGGUAUGUUUCCUACUAUGCAAACAAAGUCAGUGAGCUGGAUCCUGUUGAUUUGCCAUAGGCCAGUUUUUUCCAAUCUCUGAACGUUUUGGUUUUUGCCCUGACACUACACAGCUGAUUAAAAUGAUCAAAGCUGGAUGAUUAGUUGAUUAUUUGAAUCAGCUGUGUAGUGCUACGGCAAAAACCAAAACGUGCACCUCUUAGGGUCCCGAAACUGCCAUAGGUUUUGUCCUGGAUUAAAUCAUUCUAAUCGAGGAGUGAAUCACAUUGACCUUCAUCACAUCCAUCUAUGUCAUUGAACUGACUGCACCACAAUAUAUCUGCCUAUGUUGUUUGCAAGGACUUUUUUUCAGGCAGUGUAAUCCUUGCUGGCUGGAAACAGUUAUUGAAACUGAAGUGCCCCCUCUCAAAGCCAUCAAAAUGACCCCUUUAUAAAAGUGCACCCUUGUUAAACAGUAUUCACACUGCUCUCGUGACCACACUCUAUUUUAUUGUAGCUGCCAUACUGAUUGAACAGAUGGUUAGAGACUGCAGUGUUUGUGCAUUUAAUUUCCAACAUCAUGGUACCUGAGAAAACAAAAAUGAAUUGUUUGAGCUAUUGACCAAAUCUGACAUGUUAAAUAAAACUAUUUUUGAGAGGUAAUAGAUCCAUGAUCCUUUUUUUUACUGUUGACAAUUAUUUUGUUACUUAUUCUAAUUUAUUAGACAACUAUAACACUGACUACGUUCUGUUAUCAAAGGACACUUUAUAUAUAUAUUGUGUAAAAAUCUGUGUUCUAGUUAGUGUGGUUCAAGUCAUUGAGGUUCAAGCGGAGGGUAAAUGAUUUCCACCUUCAGAUCUUCAUGAUGUGCUGUUUAGUGUCCCGAUUGCUUGCGAGUGCGUGAUGAGAUGGGGGGUUUCGCACCUUUGUGGUCGAAAACACUAACCGGCUCCCAACUUGUAAUUGGCUGAUUGGUAUGAUUGACAGCCUAUACAGCAAACUGAAACUCUGGAUAAAUUGAACGAUUAGUAUCGUUGGUCUUUCACAGAGUACAUUCUAUAUUCAUAAUGCUAGUAGGCAUGGCUACUGAACUCAGUAACUUGCCCGCACAUUGCAUCCUCGUGACAUGAUUAGAAGUUCUUGCAAAGUGUAUAUCAGACAAAGCAAUUCAAGUUUUGUUCCUGAAGUCAAAGCCCUGAUGAGUUUCCAUUCUCGUUUUCCAUUGACAACGGUAAUAGAAAUCGGUGUGAAUUUGUUAUACCCUUGCUAUUCUCUUCAACACAUUUGUGACGGAUAGACACAUUUAUCCAGAUAGAGGGUAACUUCAAUACGUCCUGCAACUAUCUUGUGUUGCUAGCUGAAUGGACUGAUGCAAUGUCAUUGAAAUAUAAACUUUGCAGCAUGUGCAACAUCUUCAAUUACUUACACUUUAGUUACUGGCUGCCUGGGUUUGUUAUCAAACUUGUCAAUGUACUAUUUCACAAAACAAACAUUACAUUUUCAUGUCUUGACAAACUGCUUUGGAUAAUUUGAUACUGCAUAUUAUGAAGUGAUAGGUUUCACGUACACAUGUUCACUUGCAAGCUCUUCCUCAACAAUGCUGUAUUCAAUAUCAAAGAAAAUAGAAAAUCCAGAAUAAAAUCUUUCAUUCUUUCGCA